GGCAGUGUCAGUUGUACCAAUACAACUUACACACCAGGUAUCUCGAUGCAUCGUUUUCCUGUUAGUGAAUCUCAGGCCURAGUUCAACCCAACAUAGACGUCUGCUUUGUGCUCUGCACACUUUGAGCGUACUUGUUAUGUGAGACGCUUAGACAUUUCAGUYGAAGCAAAAUCGGAUAUACCAACAUUGAAAAGCCUGGUGAAGGAUGCAAUGCCAACCAYGGAUUACGUUGCUCCUCAAAUAACAAAAUUACAAAUGCCUCGAGAUGGAAGACAAGUUCUUCGAAAUGCCCAUCAACCGCAUGCUYAAUCGCCUGAGGUCGAUCUCGAAACGGAUUCCGAAGCUGCCAUUGUGAACACAGAUGAUGAUACGUCAAAUUUUGUAACCCCUACCACUUCUACUUCUUCAUACUUACCUCAGACAGCUACCGUUAAUGUUAACCCUAACCCGCAAGUCAUGUGGAAAGUGUAUUGAGACGAAAAAGGAAUUACACAGAGUUCAAAAGCAGAACAGUCGACUUUGGGGGAAAAUCUCUUGUCUACAAACAGAAAUUAUAACGAUGAGAGAGAACCCACGGUACGAUGUUGAGGGAGAGGGUGACACGAAUGAAAUAGACGAAGAAAAGGAAAGUGAUGGCGAGCACCUGCGAGAAGAACUAGAAGAUCUAGACGAUACCGAGAGCGAAAUUGAACCUAUGGAUACAGAAGAUGUUGACUGGGCUGCUACUGAAGAMGAUAUCAAUAAUUUGGAGGAAGAAAGCCACAAGACAACCACACAAUCAAUUGAAGUCGAACCCAACACCAAAAGCCAGAAUGAGCCAAAGUUUAUAGUCUUCUACUGUAUGCUUUUGAGGUUCUCUAUCUUUUGCUUCAAGUGUCGAGGUGGGAAACCUGUAGAAAUGAAAACAAAUGAAGACAACAACAACAUCAGAAGAAACUACUAUUGCCAACAAUUCUUAAAGCAAAUAUUUAUACAUAAAUAA